AUGCCGGUAGAGCAUUGCUACGCGUUGGGCAGCGACUUGGGGAUGGAUGCAGAGGCAGUGCACAGGUUUCUCCUCCAAAACCCUGGCGCCUUCCCGAUGGUCAGCUGCGACGUCAAAUUCUCAAGCACCGCCAGGGAUCUCGUCUCGCAGGAGCGGCAGAUCCCCAAGGAGCCCUACGCGGCCUUUGUGAUCCGGAAGCUCUUGAUGCUGUCCCAGAAAGAAAUGCUGCCCACCGCCAAGCUCCUGCGAUGCGAGUGCUUCGAUUUCCCGGAGCUCACGCGCGUCUUCUCCCACAAUCCCAGCUUCUUCCACUGGGACAGGGCGCGAUUGCUUUGGGGGAGGCUGCGGCUCGUAAGCUGGGAUCCAGAGCUCGCCAUCACGGCGCGAGAGAAGACCCUAGCGACGCUCCGCAAGGUUCCAGAGGAGGAAAUGUUUGGAGCUGGAAGUGGAAUAAUCCCACUGGAGAACGAUGGCGGCAUGGAGACGAUCCAAUCGCCACAGGAGCUGGCGAGGUUAUACCGGCAGCCGAUGAUCUCGCCCUACGAUCGAUCGCGCUUCUCGGUCGUGAACAAGGAGCUGGAGCGGCACCGCAAGAUGAGCGUGAUCCACGAGUUCCUCAGCCUCACCAGAUCCAAGAGCGCGGCGGUGUCGGAUCUUCACGACUUCCACCAGGAGCUGGGGCUUGACGAGCAGCGCCAGGAUCUCGAGAGCUUGCUGCGAUCCGACAAGAGAUUCUUCACCAUGAAGAUGAGCCUGGGAAGGAUGGUGGUGUUCUUGAACGAGCGCUACGAUCUGGAUCACACCCCAGCGCUCAGCCCCUAUUUCCAAGCCAAGCGACGCUUCCUGGAUCUCAUCACGAUCGAGGAGAGCAGCGCCACUGCGAUGAAGGCCAUCUAG